CUUCUGUGUCAGUCGAGCGCACGUGUCCGUUUAUUUGAUUUGACUUUUAUCUCACACAAGAACUAAGAAGAAGUCUUUUCACAAAACUGCUGCAGGAUUUCUGUGCUCCUGCACUGCUGCAUGCAUGGCUUUCCAGACAGAGUGAUUUAGCAUAUGGUCAACGGAUGAGAUGGGUUUCUUUGGUUUGGACGGCAGCGUGGGUGUUUCAUAUUUUAGAGGGUAGACGAGAAUUAGUUUACGUAUAUUUACUUACCUCAAAUAACUUCCAGGUGGAGAUGGUUGUAUGCAGUAGAACGAAAGGCUUAAAGCUGUCAGACUGUGUAAGAAAAGCGUUUAAGCAAAGAGGAUUUACAGCUGAAAGAACGAAUCAGCUGGACAGGCAAGGCAUCCCAUUCCAUUCUGUCCUGCACCAAUGUGAUGGUCCAUCACUUAAAAACGUAUUCAUAUCACCGAAGAUGGAAACCAUCUAUUUGUUUUUGUUGAAGGCAAUGUCAUGUUAGCAUCAUCUCAACAACACCGCAAAGAAGUAAAACGUGCAUAAAGAAUACCACCGAUUUCACAACUCGAACCGCAGUGAACAAUGGGGAAAGGAUAUUACAUCAGCAAAAAUCUGGCCACUGCAGCCAUGGUGCUGGCCGCAAUAGCCUUGUUGACCAUCAUCGCAUUAUCAGUGGUUUACAAUCGAGAAAAGUCCAAAAACGCAGCGAAAUUCUCUAACGCAACUAUACUGCCAGUACCUCCCACCCCGAAGACUUCCAACGAACCCUGGGACAAAUACAGACUGCCUGAUUCUUUGUCUCCUCAGUACUACAACGUGACUCUUUGGCCCCGUUUGGUGAUGAACGCCAAUGGGAUGUAUAUUUUCACUGGCACCUCUGGAGUGAUGUUUACUUGUGUGAAGAAGACAGACCUGAUAUUAAUUCACUCCAACAAGCUGAACUUGACUCUGUUUAAUGGGCACCACGCUAAACUCGCGGGUCUGAGCGGCGUAACGGCUCCGGCCAUAAAGAAAACCUGGUUUCAGACGGAAACACAGUACCUGGUGAUUCAACUGGAGGGAAAACUGAAGCCUGAGAAGUCCUACUGGCUCUACACAGAGUUCACAGGAGAGCUCGCUGAUGAUCUGGAGGGUUUCUACAGGAGUGAAUACAUGGAAGAUGGUGAAAAAAAGAUUAUUGCCAUCACUCAGAUGCAGGCCACUUAUGCUAGAAAGGCUUUCCCGUGUUUCGAUGAACCUGGCAUGAAAGCUGUGUUUCAUAUUACUCUCAUCCAUGACCUGGAAAUGACAGCGCUGUCAAACAGCCAAGAAAUUAAGACGGAAAAAGUCAUCAUGGACGGAACGUACGUUACCAGGACGAUAUUCGGACCCACAAAGAAGAUGUCAACGUAUCUCGUUGCGUUUGUCGUCAGUGAUUUUGCAUACAUCAAUGCUAAAGACAAGAAGGGAGUUUCGGUCAGAAUAUGGGCAAGAAAGAAAGCCAUUGAAGACGGGCAAGGCAACUAUGCGCUCAACAUCACUCAGCCAAUACUGGAGUUCUUUGAGAAAUACUACAACACUAGCUAUCCGCUUUCUAAGUCAGAUCAGAUGGCGCUGCCUGACUUCAACGCAGGAGCCAUGGAAAACUGGGGUCUCGUCACUUACAGAGAGACGGCUCUUCUAUACGAUCCGCGAACGUCUGCCAAUGGCAACAAGCAGAGGAUUGUGUCUGUUGUUUCUCACGAACUGGCUCACAUGUGGUUUGGAAACCUCGUGACGCUGAAAUGGUGGAAUGAUCUGUGGCUGAACGAGGGGUUCGCUUCAUACGUGGAGUAUCUGGGCGCUGAUUAUGCUGAGCCCACUUGGAACAUGAAAGACCAGAUCAUUUUGUACGACCUCCAAAGAGCGUUUGCUGUGGAUAGCUUGACUUCCUCUCACCCCCUCUCUCGAAAGGAGGAAGAGGUCAACACACCCGCAGAAAUCAGCGAAAUGUUCAACACCAUAUCGUACAGCAAGGGAGCUGCAGUGCUUAGAAUGCUCUCUGAAUUCCUGACAGAGCCUGUGUUUGCCAAAGGACUUGGUAGCUAUCUGAAGCAGUUUGCUUUUGGAAGCUCAGUGUAUUCAGAUCUCUGGGAUCAUCUUCAAAAGGCAGUAGAUCAAACUCCAGGGGUGAACCUGCCGUAUAGUGUUCACGAGAUCAUGAACCGCUGGAUACUGCAGAUGGGUUACCCAGUAGUCACCAUUGACACUCAAACAGGGAGCGUCAGCCAAAAGCACUUUCUUCUGGAGCCAGAAGCAGUGGUGGAGAGGAAAUCUGAAUUCAGUUAUGAGUGGUUUGUGCCCAUAAAAUGGAUGAAGAAAGAUCAGGUGCAGGAUCAGCUGUGGCUUCUACAAAAAUCAACUAUACACAGACCCAUGAAAGUCAGCAAAAAUGAAUGGGUGCUGGCCAACCUCAAUGUGUCAGGAUACUUCAGAGUGAACUACGACCUUGGGAACUGGGAUCGACUUCUCAGCCAACUGGAUUCAAAUCACGAGGUGAUACCUGUGGUGAACAGAGCUCAGAUUCUGGAUGAUGCAUUUAAUCUGGCAAGAGCAUCCAUUAUAAACAUAACACUUGCCUUGAGAACAACUAAAUAUCUCCUGAACGAGAGGGAAUACAUUCCAUGGGAGGCGGCGCUUCGAAAUAUGAACUAUUUUUUCCAAUUGUUCGAUCGCAGUGAAGUUUACGGUGCCAUGCAGACGUAUUUUAAGAAACAAGUCAAACCUCUGUUUGAGUAUUUUGGGACUAUCAGCUCAAACUGGACAAGAGUUCCCACUGGCCACACUGAUCAGUUCACACAGAUCAUUGCACUGUCUCUAGCCUGCAGUACCGGCGUGGAGGGAUGCAGAGAACUAACCAGGAGCUGGUUCAAAAAAUGGAUGCAGAAUCCGCAUAACAACGUGAUUCACCCUAACCUGAGGUCGACAGUGUACUGUGACGCCAUCGCUGCAGGCGGUGCGGAAGAAUGGAACUUUGGCUGGCAGAUGUUCCAGAAGGCCACAGUCGCAGCUGAAGCUGUCAAACUGAGAUCGGCUCUGGCCUGCACAAAAGUGCCCUGGUUACUCAACAGGUACCUGGAAUAUACUAUGAACCCAGAAAAGAUACGCAAACAGGACGCCACGUCUACCAUUGGGUCCAUUGCCAGUAAUAUUAUUGGGCAACCUUUGGCAUGGGACUUUGUCCGGGCAAACUGGGAUUAUUUCUUCAAAGCGUACGGCACUGGAUCAUUCACUUUCUCCAGAUUAAUUAGUGACAUCACCUAUAGAUUCUGCACACCAUUUGAACUCACUCAGUUGAAACGCUUCCAAAAGGAUAAUGCUGAGACCGGAUUCGGCUCGGGAACUCAAGCGCUGCAGCAGGCCAUCGAGAAGACAACAGCCAAGAUUAAAUGGCUGGCGGAGAACAAGGAGCCAGUUCUGCAGUGGUUCCUCUCAGCAUAAAACUCACAUCUGUGUGCCGUGAGAUCAGAGACUGGCUCCAGCCUCACAUGAAUUCAUCCUCCUGUAACCUGAUGGAAUGAAAAUGAAUGGAUGCUAACAGCAUUUUGGCAGGAUGUUUUAUCCAUGAAGCAUUCAUAUCACAAGGACAGCCCUCCUGGAGUAACCUAAGAAAUGCCUUUUUCUCAAGGACACAACAGUGCUCUGAUAUUUAACCACUAGAUCACGUCACUUGGAUACAAAUGAGGAGGAAUUCACAUAAAAUACACUGACAAUGGAUCCCUCAGUAUUGAAAAAGCAGGGAACCUGUUUCAAAAUUUGUGUAUAAUUAGUGGUGUGCUAUACGUUUUUAAGUGUUUGGAUUACCUAUAGACUUGCAUAUGAUCCAAGCCAUAUUUAGGGCCUGGAAAAUCUGUUCUUUUGACUUGAAUAUGUAGCAUCCUUGCAAACACAUUGAACAUGCAAGCAACCGUAUAGCAAUGCACACUCAUAAACAAUUGUGUAUAGGCAACUGCCACUCAUAUUUUCUUAAUAAAAUGUAAAAUCCUAUUUAUCUUUUUAUUGUUAACUUGCUAUUAUUGACUGGAUUCUGCAUUUUUGAUACUAUGCUGCAAUUAAA